AUGUCUACUCCAUCGACUCUGCCACCCCAUCGUCCAAACUACGGAUACUCUCAUCACCAGAAUUAUCAAUCUAAUCCGCUAUAUAGAGGGAACAAUACCCUCUCGAACGGCGGAAGCCGGUUGGGAGCGUCAUACAGCUUCCCGGCACCCUCGAGUAACGAUAUCGCUCCCACCCCGAAUAACAUCGGGCCACCGCCCGAUCCCCCACGAACAAGCACAAGUCAACCCACCAGCAAUCAUUCCUCCGCAAGAAUAGAUCCGGAACCCGCCGCCAUGCCGGUGUCCGCGGCAAUCACCGCCAGCAAGACCAAUACCAAUACCAAGAAGAGACAACGCUCCCGAGAACCAAGGGAGCCGGACUGGAACUCAUUCUAUAAAAAUGGCCUCCCCCGAGAAGUCAUUGUCAUCGACGAUUCCCCAAGCCCAGACCUAUCGGUAUCCGUUACAUCAAAUACCCACGGGGCCCGCUCAAUAGCCGCGGAGAACGGGAGACACGCCGCAAAGAAAAGGAAACGCGAUGACGUUGGCGCCGCCUACGAUCCAGUCUACCCACACAAACACUCACAUUCCAUAAACCGCAGUCCUGACUACGAGGACUCGGUUUCGGGGUCCACCAUCUCCACCGAUAGAACCACUUCCGCAGUACACACAACUGCAGCCACUUCAUUAGGAUCCCACUCUUCAAAUGGGCAGAAUGGCUAUGAGGCUAUCGAAGUACAGCCGGGUCAAAAGAGAAAGAGAGCGGCGACAAGACUCCAGCUUGCCAACGAGGCAAAGCGGAAACAGCUGGAGGCGAAUGGUGAUGCCUUUACCAACUACCAACCGCCGCCCCACCCACCUAUAAAGGCCCCAGAGGUGCAGGUGAAAGUGGUCUCUGAUAACUCCUAUACGAAAAAUAGCAAGGUUGAUGACGAUGAUGGGCAUUAUAUCGUUGUCCCAGACAGUGAUCUCACAGAGAGAUAUCAAGUUACGAAGCUACUCGGCCAGGGCACCUUUGGCAAAGUAGUACAAGCCCGGGAUCGGAAAAGGAACAAACUUGUCGCCGUUAAGAUUAUCAGAUCGGUUCAGAAAUACCGAGAUGCCUCGCGAAUAGAACUUCGGGUCCUCUCGACGCUGAAGGCAAAUGACUGCGACAACCGAAACCGGUGUAUACAUCUUCGAGAUUGUUUUGACUAUCGGGGGCACAUCUGUAUUGUGAUGGACUUACUUGGACAAAGUGUCUUUGACUUUUUGAAGGGCAACGCUUUUGUCCCAUUCCCAAACAGUCAGAUACAGAGCUUUGCGAGACAGCUUUUCACCAGCGUUGCUUUCCUGCACGAUUUGAAUCUGAUCCACACUGAUCUCAAACCAGAGAACAUCCUUUUAUGCGAUAAUUCCUACCAGGCGUUCACAUACAGCCGGAGAAUCCCAUCGUCGUCAACAACAAAUAACCGCCAGGCGGCUCAGCGCAAAGUCCUUCUUGAUACUGAGAUUCGGCUCAUUGACUUCGGUUCCGCAACCUUCCAGGAUGAAUAUCAUUCCUCGGUCGUCUCUACCCGCCAUUACAGGGCACCUGAGAUCAUCCUGGGACUUGGAUGGUCAUUCCCUUGCGAUAUCUGGAGUAUUGGGUGCAUACUUGUUGAGUUUUUCACAGGCGAUGCCUUGUUUCAGACGCACGACAACCUGGAACACCUGGCCAUGAUGGAAGCUGUCUGUGGAGGCAAGUUGGACAGCCAUCUUGUCCAACAAGUCAACAGCAUGGCAAGGCGCAAUGGAGGAAAUCCUGCCUCUAAAUUCUUCAAACGGUUAAAACUGGAUUAUCCUCAACCAGACACUACUAGGGCUUCGAGGCGUUUUGUGAAGGCCAUGAAACGGUUGGAUGAAAUCAUCCCCGAUAACAACAAAUUCUGUAAGAACUUUUUGGAUCUUUUGAAGAAAAUCUUCGUCUAUGAUCCAGCAGCCCGUAUCACCGCGAAAGCUGCACUUCAGCAUCCAUGGUUUAAAGAGGCGGCUACCCCGGACGACGGGACUGAGGCUGCUAAGAUACGUGUGCAAAGACAACAGGCGGCCGAAGAGGCAGCUGCCGCAGCAGCAGUUAAUCAAGUUAAUCAUAGGCAUAAUGGCUACCGGCAUUGA